AUGGCCGUGUUGAGAAGGCCAGCAGCGAGAGGUGUAGCCGCCCAGGGGGCUCCUCCUGGGAGGGGCGUCAUGAGGAGGCCUGCGGCUCGAGAGGGCGAGCGGGGCAGAACUCCCCCUCCACCUCGUCCCGUUGGACCUCUUCCAGCCGGGGGCGGCUAUUAUGGGGCCCCUGUCAAGUUGGCGGGACAGAUUCUGAGGGUCGAGCGCGACAAAAACGGCGCCCACAUUCUGCUCCGCCCCACAGGGACCGACAGCGAACAAGUCCUGAGAACCUUCACGUCGGCCAAGGACACGCCCUUCAGGCUGCACGUGUGCCCGGAGGGGUGCGGUCGUCAGGAGAGCGGCGACUUCUACGUGCACGCAGUCAGAGGACGCCAGGGGAGAGCCGACGGCGAGGAAGGAUGGGUGAACAGCCUAGACGGACCGGCGACAGGGGGUCCGGACGAGAUGGCGGCCUUGAGGAAGAGGGAGCAGGAGCUCCUGCAAGCGCGCCACCCCCAACAGGGGGAGGCUCAAGGGGGCUCGCAGGUCACAGGAAGGGACAGAACAUGUUUCAAAUGGGUUUCCAACAGACAUUUUUGCCAAGCCGGCUUCAAAGAAAUGUAUCUUCCUUUUACUUUCAGCACGUUUGUCUUCCUGUUCGGGUCGGCAAUGGGGAAGCAUGCCUCUCAGUCUGGCGUGAGCAUCCUGCCUAGCAGGCUGGUGCGCGAACAUGCCAAAAGCUGCAAAAAAAAGGGCAAAUGCUCCUUGUGCUGUUGGAAAGCCAAAAUGGAUAAGUGGCAGGCAGAGAAGAAUUUCAGACCUUGGCUUGCGGUGUCAUUGCGUCCGCGUGUGGGUGUGGGGUGCAAGACUUGCGCAGACAGCAAAUCCCAGACGCCAUGGGGCCAAUUUGAAAUCAAUCCACGGUCUUUGAAAAUGCAACAGGUCGAGAAGCACGAAAAUUCUCAAGUCCACAAAGUGGCGAGCGAAAGGUGCAGCAAUGAAGAAGAUUUAUUGCUGGCUCCUCCAAUGUCUGAAUUCUUAGAUGCCUAUGAAAACAUGCGGAAGGGAGGGAGCGCAAGGCAACAAGGAGUCUCUUCUGACAGGAAAUCUAGGAUCAGAUACUGCAUUGCCGAAGCGGUGAUCCGCCGAAAUGCCCAGUUCUUGAGAUCUGCUUCUUCAGUGGCUUUGCUUAGGGAUGAGCGAAAAGGCCGGCUUCUGCUGCGGUUUCGGGCAGCCCAGGCUGACUUGUCAACCUUGGAUGGGGUGCUGGGGCUUGUUGACACUGAGCCUUCUUCAGAGCAAUUGGCUGCUGCCACCACGCACGCCUUGAAAGUUUUCUGCCAGCCCUUCACAGCAUUGCCCCGAGGAAGCAAAGCUGUGGCCAAGCCUUACGACCGCGCGCUGCAGAAAAACUUGAAGGACAAGAUUCAGAUCUUGACCACCGACAAUGCGUCAUCAGAGAUGCUGGCGUCGCAGCAACUACGGGGGGCCCGCCCACAUGCCACUCCAGGCGGUCUUGCAACCAAAGCAGCUUUGCCCAAUGUGAAGUUGGUUGCGAAGGACAGUGCCCACUCUUCAACUAGAGUCUUGAAGAGGCCCUUCGCAAAGCAUCCUCACAUCAACUCUGUCAUGUGUGAGCUGGUCUACAAUUCUGAAAGCUUUUGCCAGAAAAUUUUCCACUCCCCUCUCUAUUCCAAGUGGUGGAAGGAAGUGACAGCGGAGGAAGAUGAAGAGGGACCAGGCCAGUCUGCCAGAGUGACCUCCAUGUGUUCAGCCAAGCACCGCUUUGCCAGCUACUACCAACCUUUGAGCAGGCUCAUCAAGAACCUCCCGGCGGCAGUCAAAUUGAUGCAUCGCAUCAGUUCCAUGCGGGCCGGGCAAGAUAAUGGCCAGUGGGCUGGGAAGACACUGGCCACUUUGAAUGGUGAAAAAUUGUUGCUCCUUGGCAUGUGCACGGAUGCUUCAGCUUCAUGUUUGGAGUUUACCCGGUACAACGACCAAGAAGGGAUGGACAUUUCUCAGUUGACCAAUGAAGUGGCUGCCCUCGUGUCGCAGCUUCGCGUGCAAUUUGAAGAUGGACAAUGCUUCCACUUGCCCACCUACACUAAGAGCUGCCUUGAUUUUCUGGAAGGCAACCCUCCGAUGAUGGUGAUGCAUGGCGGCGAUGCCCGAGAGCUCCGUGUUGAUCAGGCAGCCAAGACACGCUGCUUGAAGGAAUGGGUGGCAGCUAUGGAGGAAACUUUGGCUGCGGAAUUUCCGGCUUGGCAUGUCUUGCAAUGCUUCGACAUCUUUGAGCUGACACAGCCUCAGAGCCGACCUGACCUGAGCAAGCAGUUCGCCACUUUGGCACAAGCUUUCCAAGUGAACGAGGAGAAGCUCAAGGAGCAAUACAUGGCAUUGAUGCCUGUGGCCCAAUCUUUGCAGCGCAGGACAGACAUGGACAAUCGCAGUGCAUGGCGACAGGCGCUUCAACGGAAAAAAGGAGCUUCCAAACGCCACGGUGGCUACGAGUGCGAUGCCUUGUUGGAGGUGCUCAGCGCAUACCAAGCAUGGACAUGUUCCACUUCCGGUGUGGAGCAGUUGUUCAGCAAGGUGAAGCGCUCUCCCAUCGAGAAUGCCAACAGCUCUGCAGAUACGGACCGGCGACUAGCCAUUGUUAUGGGUGACACCAGUCAAGGCCAGGCCCUCGAAGAUUUGCUGCAGCAAGGCCGUCUCUUCUACGUUCAGAUGUUACCAUCAGCCCAGUCUCGUGAGCACAAGCAUGAAAGAUUGGACAAGGGCAUCGCAAAACCCGACACUGACCGGACCCAGGGAUCAGAAGCCGAAUGGGUUCGAAACAGGAAAGCGGCUGUGAAGGCUGCCGUGGCACGAAAAGUUGCCACUCCUCAGGCCAAAUUGGCGCAUGGCAGUCUGCCUGAAUCUCUCCAAGAAGAAAUCAAGCGUCAGCAGGCUUGGGGCCAAAAGCGGAAAGCGGAGGCUUACCGCGAUGGACUUUUGAUUUCUGAAGAAGCUACAGCAGAUGUCAAAGCCCAAGCUGCCAGAGAUGCGAAAACCGCUGCUCGCAAUGAUGCUGCGAGGGCCAAAAAGUUGAUGAAGCACUGUGCAGAGUCAGGCAUGACUGUGCGCAGACCAUCCACAUGGGCCUUCCAGAGGUUGCCGGCGACCGUGUGGUUUGCUACAAAGCUGGAGCCAUGUUUGAAGACCAGAUGGAAACAGGGUGUGUUGUCGCUGGGCGUACGGAACUGUACUGAGGACCUUAACGCCGAAAUGUUUUCAACAAAGAAAUUUGUAUUCAACACCACUUUUGCCGUAUCAUGGGCCUUGGCACCCGUGCAGGACCUCAGACAAGCCCAGCUCCUCGUAGUCAAGGACAUGACCAGUAUGAAACGCAAGGUGAAGCUUUUUGCUAGCCUCAUGGGAUGCACUGUGAUGACCGGCUCUGCUUUCGAUGGUGAUGGUGGGGCGUGUCUCCAAUACCAUCGAGGCAUGGACAACUCAGUCCUUGUGCUUGCGACAGACAGAUUCAAAACUGAAGAGCCAGCUUUGACUAUGAUAGUGCGUGAAGCGUGCAGCUCGGGCAAUUGGUGCGCUGUCACCCGUGACGGCUUGAGGUGCCGGGGCUCACUGGCCGCCAUUCUUUUGAAGGCAUCCGAUGAAAGUGUUGAAGGCCGAUUGCCUAGUGGAGUCAAAUCCUUUGCAGGGGAUGAUCUCGUCACUUGGGCUGCUGAGAAAUUCAUCUGUGCCUGGGAAGGCUCGUUUUUAAUGCCUGGGAAGGCUCAUCAGUUUGCCUGGGAAGGCUACUUCUUUGCCUGGGAAGGCUCACCCCUUUUUGCCUGGGAAGGAUAUGGCUCUGACAUCAUUGCCAUGCACCUCUUGGGUCUUCGAAGUCGGACGCAAUUAGUCUUGUGGUCUGAAAAUUGCUCUACAAAGCAAGCCCUUCACAAGACAGUGAUGGAAACUUGCGGAAUGUCUUCAGCUUUUGCAAAGCACACGCCCGACGUGUGCGAUCGCAACACUGGCAGUUUGCCCACCCCUGAUCUCUAUAUCGGGGGAUACCCUUGCCCCUCGUGGAGCAAGCUGGGAAAAGGCAAAGGAGUGAGAGAUUCCAGAGGUUUCCUGACCCUCAAAGGGAUCGAGUUCAUUGCUGAAAAGCGGCCACGCAUGAUUGUUUUGGAGCAAGUUUCCAACAUCAAAUGCAAGAAAUUUUUGAAAAGUUGGAACUUCUUGGUGGACACUCUGGAAGCUUUGGACAUACCGUCAGAUUGCCCGGCCAAUCUGAGCCAUUUCCUGGACAUCCGCUUGCUUGGGUCUGAGACCUUGUCGAUGCCCGAAUAUGAAAAACAAUGUGGAGAUUCUUUGUGGACGGUCCACAGGGUUUUGGAUGUGGGCUCGUCAGAGCGUUUCCAACACGCUAUGGACAUUUCACCGUGCUUGACCCGUACACGGUGCCAGCAGGCAGGCUACUACCUGCCAACAGUGAGACGUCGAUUGCUGCCGAAGGAGAUGGCACGGCUUCAGGGGGUUCCUCACAAGAUUUGCAAAGCUAUGCUGAAGACCGAGGCGUCCGAAGGACUUUCUGCCAAUGCUACUGCAGCUGCGAUCGGCGACGCCAUGUCCAUAAAUAUUUUGAUGACCGCCAUCCAAUGCACCUUGGAGUGUGCGGGUGGCAAAGCAGUUGGUCGCGGCUGGGCUGAAUGGCGGCAGGAGAAAGCAAAGUUGAUGUUGGCUGCAAAGGGUGAAAAGAAUGAAUGGUGGAGAACAGGUGAUGCUGAAGAAUGCAUUUGGCAUGGCAAGCUCUACAAGUGGAGUGCUGCUGCGCUGGCUUGGGAGGAAGUGCCAGCGGCGCCAGAGGUCAAAGUGGAGGAGCCAAACACGGUCCCCGCAAAGAGAAGUAGUGCCCAUGUCGUGGAACCUACUAUCUUGCCCAUCGGCAAGACAGCAACCGCCAGUCAAUCCUCCGCCGGAGGCGGAAAGUUUGCCAAGGUCCAGGUGGUGGAGCCUACUAUCAUUCCCAUCAGCUUGACAUCUGCUCCCAGCCAGCCGGGCAUACCUGCUGCUGCUUCGUCUGCAAGACUUGCGCCAGCCGAGCAGCCAAGUCCUGAGGCUCUUGCGCCGGGGAUGCCAAAGGCUGCAGGGCAGCCACCUAUGCCUACUGCCGAAGUUUUGCACCCGAAGUCCUUCGAGUUGAAAGCAGGCGAAGCUGUCUUUCAGAAUCAUUUGUACAAACUGACUCAUGAGGGUGACAAAUGGAUCCGCCAGCGGCCAUUGUCGGCCCCGCUAGAUGUGACUGUGUACACCAAAACCUUGCAAGAAUGGCAAGAAAAGAAUUUUCCUGGCUGCCCAGAAUUGGUGAGUGCCAUAGUAGAAUGCUUGGAGGAGGCUGUGCGAUUCGCACCCAGCUCUCCCGGCUCCAGCCCAGGCUGGAACCGGGAGGCUCUCCCGGGUCCAGCCUGGGCUGGAACGGGCAGCCAUGAUGCAUUCCGAUCCAGCGACGAAGACCCUUCUUGGAGAGCACCGUUGGCUAAGUCCAGCAUCAUGCUACUGGAGCUGGUGGAGGAGCUUGUGUACGGACGAGCCUUUGACAACAGCUUGAAGGUAUUGGCCAAGCAAUCGUCUGGUGUGGAUGGACUUUUGGAUUAUGAAAACAUCAAAGAGCCCUGGGAAGCCAUCAAAAACCAGAUUGCAAACGAAGUUGCGGAGCGCAAAGCCUUGCAAGGCAUCGAUGGAGCGGCAAAGGUUGACGAUGCUUCCGAGGUGGAUGCAAGCAUGGAUGUGGAAUCUCUGAGGGCACCGCCAUCAGCACAUAGCCAAAGCACACCGGAAUACUGGCAAUCCGUUGCGAACCAGACGGUCCGAACAUAUGUGACCCUGCUGCCCGAGCCCAAAACCGCAAAGGCCUUGGAGCUUGCCUUGUCACAGUCCUCCCUCAAGGACUGCCAAGCCAUCCCUGGCUCCAAUUCGGUCGUCAUAUGGCUUGACUUGGAUUUGUUGGGGGAAAGCAUGGGGCCAAGCCAACAGCCCCGGCUGAGGAAGCAAUUCAAUCCCGAGCCCAAGUUGAUUCGCAAACUUUUGCAUGGAGCCAUGUUGGCAAGAGGUGCUACGGAACACAAAAGUUGCCCUGGGGAAGCCACAGUUCCACAGGAGGGGGACAUUGUGGCCAUUGUGUGCAGCAGCAAAGCCAAAUUGAACGACGCCAAGGCAGCCCUGAAACCUUCCACGGCCAGAUCAGACGCAGCUCUGGAUGCAGAGGACAAGGAAUUGCUUUUGACUUUCCAUGAUGAAAGCGUGCGGGCCAGGAAGAAGCUUGUUCGCGGAAGCGGCAACUACAGCUUGAAGAGCACCGUUUUGCUGGUCACUUCUGCGCCUUUGAUUCCUGCUUGCAUCCCGGAGCGGCAGUACAAACUCUUCCCGUGCCACAACACGUCGGAUGUACUGGGAUUCAUCCAGGCUUGCCCGCCGGCUGAUUUGUGGCACCUGGGAAGGAGCGCCAAGGAAGAAGUGCUUGGCCCGGACCGCAUUUGCAAGAUCUCUGACAUUGCCCAGGAAAAGAAAGAAGCAGAAUCGGAGAAGCAAGGCGAUGCAUUAGAAUCAGUCUUUUCAUCCCAUUCCCUUCCCAAGGAGUUUUACCAGGAUUUUCUGGUCGCCCAUUCGGCUCUGGCAUGGAUUGAUUUGGCAUGUGGACAGGCUGAAUCAGCCAAAGCCUGCCUUCUGGAAAGAAAGGCGUUUGUCGGCGUGACGCUUUCAGAGGCACACUCGAAACGAAUUGAAAUUCUCUUGACCAACUUCCUCACGGAUGAAUUCCAAAGGGAGGGAUCAACCUUCUACAGACCGGAGGCAGUGGCUGUCUUGGGGAAACCGGAGAACGAGCAGAAGCCUGUGACAGUUGCUCCAAAGCCCAAAAAGGGAACCAAGCGAGGGAAGAAGAAGACUGAUGGUGAAGGCGGCAAUGCUGGCGAGGAGUCCGAACCGCCCAAAAAGAAAAACAAGCAGAAAGAGGAGCAAAACUCGGCGAAGGACGAGGAGUCCGAAGAGUCAUUGCCAUGGUGA